AUGGCAGUUUGUGCUGCAAUAGUGGGAAAAGACAACUCUCCCAAAUUUUUCUGCUGCAUAAAUCCAGAUGAAGAAUUAACUUUCCAAUACAAAGUCCUUUCGUCUUUGGACAUAAUAGAGGAGAAACUAAAUCCUGCUAGCAAAUCAGCUAGCGAAAUGAGGGAGCUUUAUUUGGGACAACUUUAUUCAUUGGAAACUUGUAAAAUUUAUGGAUAUGUAACAAACACCAAAAUUAAAUUUAUCAUAGUAGUAGAUUCUACAAAUAUGGCUUUAAGGGACAAUGAAAUAAGAUCGAUGUUCAGAAAAAUUCAUUCGGAAUAUGCAGAUAUGGUCAGCAAUCCUUUUUAUAUUCCAGGUGAACCGAUUACUUCAAAGUCUUUUGAUUCCAGUAUUAAAAAUAUUAUAACAGGCACAGUUUAG